AUGUCGUCCGAGAAGGCAAGCGUCGGUGGGACGUCCACGCACGUCGUCGACGACAAUCGCCUCCAACCCAUCGAGACCACCGACGAUGUGGCUCCAGAAAUCAUCGGCGGCCAGAUGGCCAACCUCCCACCGGGCUACUACACCAGCGCCAACUUCAUCGGCACCGUGGCGGCUUACAGUCUGGCCAACAUGUCCAAUUACGCCGGCUACGUCAUGACAUUCAACCUCCUCUCCAUCAUCAACCAGGACCUGGGCCCGGACCCCAACUACGUGUGGAUCGCCACGGGCUACACGUUGGCGGGGACCACCGGCGCCAUGCUCUGGGGCCGAUUGAGCGACGUGUUCGGCCGGCGGUGGUUUUUCAUCGGCGGCAACUGCUCCGCCCUGCUGGGGAGCAUCUUGGGGGCAGCGGCGCCCAACAUUGUGACCUUGAUCUUUGCCCAAGUCUUCAUCGGCCUGGCCUUGCCCUCGCAGCUGAGCUUUUCCAUCGGACUGGCGGAGCUGAUCCCCAACAAGUGGCCCAUCGCCACCAUCGCCCUCGCCAUCUACAGCACGGUCCAGAACAACAAGCUCGCACACUUCAUCACUACAACGGUCGUGCCGGCUGCCGAGAAAGCUGGCAUCGCGACAGAUCAGAUUCCGGCGCUGCUAGAUGGUUUCACCACUGGCUCGUUCGCCGGCGUACGUGGUUUGACGCCCGCCAUCCUAGAGACGGUGACCAUCGCCUACCAGACGGCGUUUUCCAAGGCGGUGCAGAUUGUGUAUCUCAUCAGCAUCGCCUUUGGCGUCCUGGCGAUCGGAGGGGCACUGCUGUCGCCCAAUCCAGACUCGAAAUUCAACACGGACGUAUCGAGGAGAAUGCACGGCAAGGAGAACAUCGCCGCCGAACAGAGAGAGGUGGUGUAA